AUCAAAACAGCAGUCUGGGUUCCAAAUUCAAAAAUAGCGGGCAUUCAGGUUAAAGUGAGUUAAAAUAAGACAACUUAGUCUUGCUACGACCUUCGACAUUAACGCACCGAACGUUACUGUAUCAUAUUCUUCUGUAACGAAUUAUAAAAUAAUUAGUUUAAUUUUAAUUUUAAAAUCGAGUGAUAGUGAUCCUUAUGGCAGGCCUCAUAACUGUGCGCCUUCAUCGAAAUGAUGCCCAACCGUGGGGUUUCCGGCUACAGGGUGGAAAGGAUUUCGGAACUCCCUUACUUAUUCAAAAGGUGAAUGGAGGGAGCUUGGCAGAGAAGGCUGGCCUACAGGUGGCAGAUGCUGUCAUCAAAGUCAACGGACAAGACGUGUACAGCCUGAGACAUAAGGAUGCACAGGAUUCCAUCGUCAAAGCUGGCAACAGCAUGGAGAUCAUCGUCUCUAGGGGCCCUGGGGGUACAUGGAAGCCAAGUGUUACCCCCGUUGGUAACAUUCCCUCACCAUCCCCCGUCGGUGGUGCCCCAGCCCCCGUAACCAAGACCUCCCUAGCCUACAAGGGUCCGCCUGCCCCCGCCAUACCAGGCUACAACACACCAGCCAAGCCAUUCUCUCCUCAGCUCAACGGUGUCGGAGUCGACCCGGAACGUGUCAAGUCGAUAGCAUCGAAGCAGUAUAACAACCCAGUGGGUCUCUACAGUGACCAGAACAUCGCUGAGACUCUGUCUGCUCAGGCAGAGGUGCUGGCGGGUGGCGUGCUCGGUGUGAACUUCAUGAAGAACGAGAAGACCAAGUUUGAUGCAUCGCACAGCGAAGUUUUGAAAAUGGUGCAGGAAAUUGAUAAUGAGCCCAGGUCUCCUGAACCAGUGCGGCCGUCCAGUGUGACAUUCUACGCUUCGCACAGCCACAUGGUUGGGGGAAGGGCCACUUCCCCUCGACCUUUGACCCCUAUGGCCCAGCAGAUGGGAGGUUGCUCCCCGGUCGAUCACUAUCCAGCCUCGGCAGGGCCUGUGCCGGAGUCGCCGAAAUGCUCGGAGUGUAGCAAAAUCAUCGUCGGAGUGUUUGUGAGGAUUAAAGACAAGAACUUGCACGUUGACUGCUUCAAGUGCGCCACCUGUGGCACCUCGCUCAAGAACGUCGGCUACUACAACAUCAACAACAAGCUGUACUGCGACAUCCACGCCAAGCUGGCGGCCCGAGCCAACCCUCCCGGAGCUAACCUGGACCCCAUCACCAUCCCUCCGGGUGGUUCCAUUCCUUCAGGAGCAAUUUCUUCCCCUCUAGCUCAUGGCGGACCAACCUCCCCUCAACCUGGCACCAUGGCUCCUCUCCCAUUCCAUGCUCCGAGGUUGAAGCCUUCUCAUGUCAACCCUCCGCGUUCAUUUAAGCCCCCAUCUAGUGCGGCUCCACCAAAACCAUUCGGAGCUCCGCCAGCCCCAGCUUCAUUCAGUGCGCCGGCACCACCUCCAUCAUUUGCGCCGGCUCCUCCAUCGUUUGCGCCAGCCCCAUCAGUCACUUCACCCCCGUCUAAGCCCUUCAGUUCAGUGCAGUUUAACCCCCCGUCAGCUCCAGCUCCAGCCCCAGCUCCCUUCGGAGCGGCCCCCGCACCCCCGUCUUCUUUUCCUAAGACCUUACCAGGUCAUAGUGAAUCCUUCCUUCCCUCCUCCCAAUCAUUCCCUCAAAAAACAACGGGGCAAGUUGGAGAAAUAGAGGACAUGACCUGUUGUAUGGAUAAAUCAAAGAGAAUGUCAGUUUGCUCGAGUGAGGUUUGCAAUUUGUCAGACAAAAGAACCUCUGUACAAACAAUGGCACCUUUAGCUGAAGACCCAGUGAGGGCAUCACCAGUUCCCUUUAGAAGAGGAGAAGUGGUUAGCGAAUCUUAUGGCACAGCUGGGCAAGAAACUUUAAAACAGACUGAAAACUUUGAAACUUCUGACGAAGGAAAUGUUCAUGUAACGAGAAAAACAAAGGUGGAAGAGUCCUUUGUGAGGUCUCAAAAAAUGUACACUGCUGAGAUAAGCUCUUCACAAUUGUCUCACAUGAGAGCAGCAUCUCCUGAGCUGGAGCAAAUAAUGACAAGGAAACAAGUUCAUCAAUCGUAUGAAACUUCGAGACUCACUCCGCAGCCAAAGCCACCUCAGUCGGAGCGUUGUUUGACUCCUGAGAUUGAGAACUUGAUGGAGAAACCUCAUGGCAGUUGGUCACCAAUGCCUCCUGCAUGCUUUGUUCGUCCAAUCAGUCCUCACGCUACCAUCAGCUUCCCUCCGGACGUACCGAACAUGCAUCCUUCAGUUGCCCAGCCUCGCACUGCAACUCCGGAACAGUUCCAAGGAGCUAGAGAAACAGUGGAGAGAUUUGUGGAUCAUUCCAAACAUGUUCAGCAGACACAAGCAGUGACUCAGUCCUACCAACACCAACAACAACAACAGACAUUUACUCAACAGCAACAACAGUACACACCUAGGUUUGAUAUGAGUGAGAGCUUUUCUGCCUACAAUGUGAAAGCAAGUUCAGGCAAUGGUUACAACAACGGAAACCCCAGUCAUGGUCAAAAUGGUGGAAAUAACACAGGUAACAAUGGAAACCAUGGGAAUAACAAUAACCCAACAAACCAUCAUAAUUCAGGUGGUAAUGGCAAUGGAAACCCAGGAAAUCACAAUGGCAAUCCUGGAAACCAUAAUGGAAAUGGGAAUCCUGGGAACGGUUCUGGAAAUGGAAAUCCUGGAAGAAAUGGUUCAAAUAAUGGAAAUGGAAAUGGCAGUGGCAAUGGAAAUCCUGGAAGAAAUGGCUCUAACAAUGGGAAUGAGAACCCUAACAAGGGAGAUGGAGGAAACCCUAAUGUUACAGAGCCUGAUUCAGAAGCAAAAUAUAGUAGGAAGUCUUCAGGGCAAAGUGAGAAAUCAAGAAAAUCCACCACUGAAGAAGAAACUACUCGGAGGGUGUUUACAGAUUUUGGUGGACCACAAGUUAUGACUUCGCUUAACGUAGAAUCAACAACUGAGGGUGGGGUGGAAAAGACUUCAGUUACAAAAUCUGAAAAAAUGGAAUACUCUUCAUGCGAGUUUGAAUCUAGUAGAAAAUCCACAAUACUUAAUAAAGAAAGUGGGAAGAGUGAAGGGAGCCAAUCAACCUCUGAAGAACCAAGAAAACAAUCAUACCCUAAGUUUACUGCUGAAGCCUCUGUUGAUGAGGAGGAGACAGUUACAAAAUCCCAGGUGGAGCAAAUUAUAAAACAAGAACUGAACAAAGUGUUUCAAAUGGCCCAAUCAAUGGAUAAAACCAAUCUGAACCAGAUGUACGACCAGCAAUCUCAACAAUCAUCUCGCUCAGUUGGUGAGGUUGUUAAAGCUACUGAACAGUCAAGUCGUAGAGUUGACCAGUCUGUUUCCUCAAGUCAAUAUCAGGAGAAAAAAUCUUUUUCCGGUGAAGCAAUAACAAAAACAGGGAAGCUCACAUCGGGUUUGACUAUUGCACCUGAGCGCACCUUCACCCCACAGCCUUUAGAAAGUAACUAUCCAUUAUCUUAUCAGAACAUACCAACAGAUUUCCCCCCUCCAAGAUAUCCUCCAGGAGAACCAAAACCUGACGUUAAGCCAGGUUAUCUGCCUGUAACUGGAAGUAGAGAUUCACCUUUGCUACAGGCCUUGACUAUAGCCUCAGACCGCCCAUACUCUCCUCUACCUUGUGCUACUAUAGCUGACACACCUCCUUUCAUAUCAGCACCAAAACAGCAAGCUAGCUCAAUGCUUGAAGCACUGACAACAGCUCCAACAGCUCCUUUUGCUUUCGGUGAGUCUAAUUUAGAAUUUGAGGCAAGUACAAGAGUUCAAAAAACAACCUCAAGCAAACACGAAUCAAUCCAAAAGUUCGCUCCAAAGCCAAGUCAAGGUGCUUUCAAACCUAUUCCAGCUGGUGAACCAGACUCCUACAGUAAGUACGCUUCUCUCGGCCAGUCUGUAGAACGAUCGACAGUGAAGUCUUAUCAGCCAGUAACAGAUGAACUUAAAUCAGCUUUCAAAAGUACUUCCAAAGUACAAUCGCAAAAAACUGAAUCUGAAAUCCAACAGUCGGUAAAGACUCAUGAAAGCAGUUUAUCUGCUUCAAGAAUCGACCGUCCUCUAACUCCUUCAGGACUGCACCCACCAGAUCUUCUGCCAUACUAUCAGAGAAAUAUCGGAGAGAUCCCACUUGCUCAUAGGUCUAAUUCACCGGUUCCUCAUCAAAUCAAAGCUCCUGAACUAAAACCACCUAGACCAGAUUCAGUGCCACAUCCGACAACAGAAAGACGAGGUAGUGUGAAAGCCUUGAGUGAGGCAUACACACAGCAGAUAGAAGCGUUGAACAACAAGUUCCAAACAGCAGACACCUCCAGCUCUGUAUCCUACAUGAGUGCAGGUGCUUACAGCAGCGGGUCCGUCACAAAAGCUUAUUCUUACGAACAGGAUCACAAGUCAAUGGAUACGAUGGGCUACCAGCCGUCACCUCUGGCUGGAAAGCGAACACCGUUAGCUGGAGAAAGAACGAUUCCAAAAUGUAGCUCGCCAGUGAUGGGUAAACUCGACCAUACAAAACAAGUUUUCAAACCUUCAGUACCGUCCUCAUCUUUUCAAUCUCCCAUCGCUGAUCAGGCCAGUCUAAGACAAGCCCCACCGUUCUUCACCCAGGAGAAACAGAAACCACCAACUCCUUGGGUAGUCGUGAAAGAGGAUAAAGAAAGUGUAAAUUCAGCUUCCUUUAAAUUGCCUCUUCCUAAGCCGUCCAAACCGACCCUACCUACCUUCCCCAUUGUAAAUAAAGCCCCAGCUUUUCCUGAGCCCCCUAAGCCACCCUCAGUACUCCCGGAUGCAGGGCCUGGCGCUGCUAAGGGUUCGACCACCGCUGGAACCACGGCACCGCGCCGAGGCAGAGGUGUGCUCAACGCUGCAGUCGGCGCUGGCGGUCGGGUCCCUCUCUGUGGCAGUUGUAACAGUCAGAUAAGAGGGCCUUUCAUCACUGCGUUGGGAAAGAUCUGGUGUCCGGACCACUUUGUGUGUGUCAACGCCCAGUGUCGUCGGCCGCUGCAGGACAUUGGGUUCGUAGAGGAGGAGCAGGGACUGUACUGCGAGUACUGCUUUGAACAGUACCUAGCACCAUCCUGUAACAAGUGCAAUGCCAAGAUCAAGGGCGACUGUCUGAAUGCCAUCGGCAAGCACUUCCAUCCUGAAUGCUUCACAUGCGCAUACUGUGGCAAGCUGUUUGGCAACAGUCCAUUCUUCUUAGAGGAUGCCCUUCCAUACUGUGAAGCAGAUUGGAACGAAUUGUUCACAACAAAGUGUUUCUCUUGCGGAUUCCCCAUAGAAGCCGGAGACCGUUGGGUCGAGGCCCUCAACAACAACUACCACAGCCAGUGCUUCAGUUGUACUAUGUGCAAGAAGAACCUGGAAGGGCAGAGUUUCUUCGCCAAAGGCGGCCGACCCUUCUGCAAGAACCACGCUCGUUAAGUCCCCUCAUCACAGUCUAGUCUACAUCUGUCAUCUAAUCAUCGAUUAUAUAUUUAUUUUAAUAUAGCUAAGGUGUAUAUGAACUAGAGUAUUGUUAAGAAAAGUUUUUCAAUUUUUCAAAGUUACCUGCCCAGUAUACUUCUGAGUGAAUACUCCUCACUAUAUUGCCCAACUUUUACAAAUAACCAAAGAUUGUUUACGGUUUACGGCUUUGCCUUAACUAAAUAGUUUUGUUACAGACACUGUAAUCUUGCUAACCGAUAGGUAAGGUCAUAAAAUGUGUAUUUACCUAAACAUUUUGUAACUCAUUAUUGAAUUUUGAUCUCUAAAAAGGACGAUUUGAGGACAAUGUACAUAGUUUAUUGUAAAUUGUUAGUUAUUUCAUCGAUUGAUAAGUAUGUAAAUAAUUAAAGUGCCUAAUAGCUUUCUACACAAUCACUUACAAAUAUUUUUCUAUCCAUCAACACGUAAUAGGAACAUUGCACAUUUUAAAUAUAAUAUUUUUAAAGAUCAGCAUUGCACUUAACAUCCUAUUUUCAUGCGAUAGAAUGAACGUAAGUGUUAAAAUUUUUACAAAGAAAAUCUAAGGACAUUUUACAUCCAAGGACAUAUUUCCUGUAAGGUGUGUUCGUAUCUUGCUUUGCUUUUGUCCAUUGCUUGAUAAAAUAUAGAGCGGUCCGCAUUAGUUGGUAGAAAUUUUACAUUAAAUGGAAUAGUGAGAAAAUGCAUAAUAUUGAACAUGUUCCUUGGUUCAAAGACAAACACCUUUUUAAUGUAGAAACCACAAAUAUUUUGCCAACUAGUGCGGAGAAUCACUAGCAAUUGUUGUUAUGGAGUGUUAAAGAUAGUGUUACGUUUAGGUAGCCUUUAUUAACCGUUGCUAUUAAGUUUGUCAAUGUGUAAGACAGGGUAACAUUAUGUAAUAAAUGUUCAUUCAAUAAAGUCAGUAUUCUUUA